AGGGCGUUCCCGCGCGACAAAGAAGGAAGGUUCCAAUGGCGGCCAGUUACCCGUAUGGACAGGGCUUCCCUGGUACUGCAGGACAGACUCCAGGAGCUCCUCAAGGCGGCUAUCCUGGUGGACAGUAUGGAGGUGGACUGCCUUCUGGGGGACAGUAUGGGGGCCCAGCACCUGGAGGCCCAUAUGGACAACCCCCCAGUGGAGGACAGUAUGGAUAUCCUUCCUCUGGCCCUCCGGGUGGAAUGUAUGGGGGUGGCCCAGUCCCAGGAGGGUCAUAUGGACAGCCUGCUAAUCCCUAUGGUGCUCCCCAGCCUGGGCCCUAUGGAGCAGGCGGUCCCGGAGGGCAUGUUCCCCCUGGUGUGGACCAAGAAGCUUUCUCUUGGUUCCAGACUGUAGAUGCUGACCACAGUGGAUACAUCACAAUCAAGGAGCUCAAGCAGGCCCUUGUCAACUCCAAUUGGUCUGCUUUCAGUGAUGAUACUUGCUUGAUGAUGAUGAACAUGUUUGAUAAAAGCAAAUCUGGUCGGAUCGACCUCUAUGGGUUUUCUGCCCUGUGGCGUUUUAUUCAACAGUGGAAGAAUCUGUUCCAGCAAUUCGAUCGGGACCAUUCAGGAAAUAUUUCUUAUAAUGAGCUGCACCAAGCUCUUUGCCAAAUGGGGUACAACCUGAGCCCCCAGUUUUCCCAGCUACUGGUGUCCCGUUAUUCACAGAAGGGCUGCACUCCUGGUAUCCAGCUGGACUGCUUCAUCCAGAUCUCCACUCUCCUGCAAACCAUGACGGAAGCCUUCCGGGAGAAGGAUACUGGCAUGACGGGCACUGCGCGGAUCAGCUACGAAGAUUUCCUCAUGAUGUCUGCUACUCGCAUGUUGUGAAACCUUUCCUUCUGAGAAACAGAGGGUGGGCGUAACCUGGAGGACCCUGCAUUGGACUGUUGGCUUUCCAGCAAGACAGAGAAGGAAAGGCAAUCUUGGGCACAAGAUAUUGGGGACAAAGGAAACCGCCAUCAUUUAUUUCUAUGAAGCUGAUGCCUCAGUUCUACACAUAGACUCUUUGACAUUGUUCUGCAGUUGGAUUUGAUUGUUGUGGAAUUGUCGUUGCUUCAUGUAACUCCCAAGGGAAGAAAUUGCUCCUUCCAGAUACACUGGAAUUUAAUUCCCAGAAUCCUUCAUCCAAACCUGGCUGAAGGAUUCUGUUUGAGUUGAAGUCCAAAACAAUCUGGAGGCACCAGGUCAGGACAAAGCAGCACUAUGGCACCUGAUACCCUUUUUCUUUGGCCCCAGGUAUAAAAUCAUAUAGGGACGUGGUGACACAGUGACUAAGACGCUGAACUAGUCAAUCAGAAAGUUCGGCAGUUCAAAUCCCUAGCGCCACAUAACGGAGUGAG